GUCAUAUUGGAAUUUUUCACUGCCAAGUAGCGGUUUAUCGACAAAUGAAAAAGAACAUCAUGUUUAACGGAGACUUCAAUUCGAAUGAUAAUGACUGUAAAUCACAAGAAGAUAUUUCUGACCGUAUCGUAUCGGAGGCCAUUAUGAAAGCUGGCAAAAGUGAUACCGAAGAAGAUGAAGCAGGCGAUCCGGAAGCGGAUCCUUCCUUGACAGAGUCGGCUCAGAGCACGGAUCAGAAUCACCCGAUCGCUAAAGUGGACAGCCUGUUGUUUCUGAGAAGAAAACACUCGCUCGAUAGAAUCGCAGUCGAAGAGGUAUCCUCAAGCUCAUUGCUGGACGAGAACGAAAUGGGGAACCUUUUGGAAUCGGAGUAUUCCGUCAGGCGAGUGAGAAGCGAGAGUAACAUUUUCCACGAGGGAAUGCGUCGCUCGCAAGAGGAACGAUUCGCCGAUUCCGUUGAUAGGUUUGGAUUCGCCGACAAGAACGAAAGACGAGCAGAAAUCUUGGACAUCGGGGUGCCAAAACCGUUCCUUGCGAACGUUCCGCGCUCCCUGCAAAGGGAUUCCGGAGAUCAGGAGCCAGCUGUAUUCGAUUCGAUUUUUAUCCAGCGCAACUAUCAUCGCGAAAGCGAAUCGAACGAAUCCAUCAAGUCGCAGUGCUCCUGCGACUGCAGUGCGUCUCCGACGGCGGAGGCAGCCCGCAGUGUGAUGGAAAACCUGGACAAACAAGUUGUCCAUCUGUUUGACUGUCUCUCGUCGCUGUUACCCAUCUGUGGGAAAUACGCAAAGAGCAACCCCGGCGGCGCCUCAGCCAAGCAACACCAGAAGGAUACAGAGGUACAUGGCGAUGAUGGUGAUGGUGAUGAUGAUGGUGAAUGCGCUAUUGAUGUUGAUGAUGAUGUGGAUGAUGAAUCGUGUCCUCGGAUGUUUCACGCAGAAAAUGAAGAUCUUGUUGUGCAGAACUGUGUAGGUCUGAAGGACUUCGACGUGGCCUUGAAGAACGCUCGCAAUCUGGCAGGGGACGUGUCGGAAUCGUGGAGACAGCACCGACAUAUGUUCAUAGAAAUUAUGAAAGAAUCUACACGCUUAGAAAACAUGCAGCAGCGAAAUAAGGAUCGCACGAAACGUCUGUGUGACGUCGUUAAACGUCUCAAGUCAGAACUCAAGUCUGUACAGACGUUCUUACAAGAAAAAGAGGAGGAAUGGCUGACGACGGAGAGAAGUCUAAAAGCGGAUACACUCUUUCUUCAGUCUGGCAUUUCCGAGAUUAUAAAAUCCCAACCAGACGAACCGCGGCUCUGGUCCACUCUCGAUUCUCUGAUGUGCAUACAACACAAUCGUGAAAAGGCCUUCGCACUGGACUGUGCCAAACAAAACAAGAUAAACGAACUCCGGCUGCUCAUCUACAAGCAGCAGCUCCAGCUGGCCGAAUACAGGGAGAAGAACACAGAACUGGAAGAGGAGCUGGAGAACGUCCUGGGCGGCGUCCCCCAGCUGAUGAACACCAACAACAACGACGACGACGGACUCUUGCUGUUGGCCAACGUGCUGUACUGUGACCACAGCCGGUACGUCCCUGGCUGCUCCACCAACCCGCAGUACGCCUCCCUAAAGGUUCUCAAGAUUGGAGGUAAUCACGAAAAUUUGUGUUCAAGAGAGGAGCAAAUUUUCAACCCCUGCCUAUUGUACAAGGAUCCCGGCUGUCUUGACAAUGACAGCCAGUACACAGCUGAAGAGAUGUUGGAAGAUCUAACAAAAAAUGGGCCAGCAAGCUUCACCCUCAUAUAGAAUACGACACAGGCUACAGUAUAAAUGACGUUAUGAAAUUAGGCUACAGUAUAAAUGACGUUAUGAAAUUAUAUUUAGUUAUCCAGUCGGUGCUGCCAACCAUCAAGUUGUUAGAAACAAUAGCCUGCACUCUCCACUUUAAUAUCGAUUAAACACAAACACAAAUAAA